AAAUAUUGGCAAACUGAAGGACGAGGCUGUUUAAAGUAAAAAAGUAUGGUAAUGGAACGUUUUUUAGUCUAUGGUUUUUUAUUUGGUUUUUGGAAUUGACGAACAGUGUUUGCACUUUACAGAAAAAUUUAAUUAUGUUCCAUUAUACUACAUCAUAAACUGUAAUCAAAAGUGUAUUUGUGUUAUUAGUCUAGGGCCUAGUAGUAUAUGUGGAACGAGCUUAAAGCAAAGAAGCGUGCAAAUAAGAGCAGAUACGUGAAAUGGCUGCCGAAGUGCCUGUUUGCGAUUUAUUGAGUGAAGCAGUGGAAUAUAUGUCUAAACUUGGCGUUAAUUUACGGGACCGAUCUGAAAGCUUAUUGGAGAAAAGAAUCAAUAAUAAGAAGUUACGGAAUGCACAUGCAGUUUUGAAAGCAGCCGAAAAAGUUCUCCUUAUUUGUGAAUUGUCAAAAAAAUCACUCGCGAAUGUUGAAACCGGCGUUAAAAAAGUCUUAUCCAUUAUUGACGCAUCUCAGGCGCAAACAAACAGCGGCGAUGGCGGGAAAACGAGCAAUAACACAUUGGAUAAGUGUAAUGACAAUUUUUUUUACUUUGAAUAUGAAUCUUGCACGUUGCGAAUAUCUAAGAAAAUUUCAUUGAAACACUAUACGGAUGUCAAAGUUAUGGCAAAAAAGUUACCACUUUCCUUGCAUGAAAAAUAUCCAGUAUUUUAUAAUUGCAAACUCCAGAGAUCAAGAAAACAAUUACCAGGAAAACAAGGGGAUGAGAAUGAAGGCAGUUCUAGUAAAACAAUUUUAGAUAGCAAAGAUGAUGAAUCUCAAAAACUUCAAAGUUCAAAGACUUCAGAUGAAUCUGAUACAAGUACAAGUUUACAUGAUAUCUCAAAAAAGAAAAGGGUUCAUUCUGAUAAAAAUAAAUUGGUUGAAAACGAUGUUAUAGAUGCUUUGGAUUGUAUUGCACUGAAUGAUAAAUCAGACACUGUUCAAGACAACAAUGUUUCUAAUAGACAGGGAAGUAAUGAAAACCAUAAAGAUAGCAAUUUCAGUGAAGAUAUUGCAUUGUCUGAACUGAUUGAAUCCUUUGAGAAUGACGCAAAGGUUGAUGAAGACAAACCACAUAAUGAAGAACCCAAAGAGGGGAAAAAAGAUGCUAAAUUAAUAAGAAAGAAGUUUAGUAAAAUUAAGAUUAUUGAUGAUGAUAGCUCAGAGAAUGGAGAUAUUUCUAAGUCCACAGAUAAUGUCACUCACAAGAUAUCAUCAUCUGAUGAAGAAACUAAUAUAAAUUCAGAAAAGGAAAAUGAUGGGGAAUCAAAACUUAAAAAAAGAAAAUACAACAACAGUGAUGAGGACACAAACAAUGAUGAUGACUCAGACCACAAUUCUGCCAAAUCUGAAAAUAGUUCUAAACCCCUGAUAAGAUGUGUAAAUAUAUCUAAAUUACUUAAACCUGAUGCAUUAAAUUCAGGAACAAAUCAGCCAUCCAAUCAAAAACAAGCUAUAGAAAGUAAACCAUUAACAUCAAAACAGAAGGAAAUAGAUAAGAAUAAAAAUAACCAAUCUAAAGAUGACAUUAGUCAAAAAACUAGAAAGAUUACCUCUUUUUUUGCAAAAAAAUCAAGUGAUAAUUCAUUCUGGGUCCGUAAAAGAAAAGAGGUUCAAAAAUUCAAACCCAAACAGUUUACUGUAAAUAUUAAUAGAUUGCCUCAAUUUACAGACAAUUUCAUGCUUUCUUAUAAUUUAAAAAUAAUUACUCAUAAUAACAAAACUGUAUAUAAAGUAAAAGAAGUAAAUGACAAAGACUCUGAACAUUUAAAAAAGAAUAUUGAUGAAGUUAAAAAUGCCCUACUAAAUGAAUCAGGGUCAGAUACUGAAAACACCAUAUCAGACAUAGCUAAGAAAGUUCAAAAGUCACUUGUCAAUAAUUCCCAUUCUGAAACAAAAGAAAGGUCUUUAAAUGAUAAUAGAUCUUUAGAUAAUGGCGAUGAUGAUACCUUAUUAUCUGAAUCUAAUAAAGUAAAAGAGUUACUUCUGAAUGAUUCUGAUUCUGAAUUAAAAGAAAAAUCUUCAAAUAAUGAGCAUGAAACUAACUUUGAUAAUAUUGAUGAUACCUUGUUAGAUGAAGCAAGUAAGGCAACAGAAUCAUUUAUAAAUGAUUCUUAUCUCCAAUCAAAAGAACAAUUAGCAAAUAGUAGCAACAGUAAUUCUAAACACCAGGAAGAUGUAACAGAUAGUGCGGCUGUCAAAGAUGCACUUCUUAAUGACUCUGAUUCAUGCAGUGACAAAGUCUCUGCCCCUAUUGCCAAAGAUUCUGAUACCAUACUUGAGAAAGACGUGGCCAAGGAAAUUAAAGAAGCAUUGCUUAAUGAUUCAGAUUCUGAAAAAAAUGAAAGUACUCACCAUGUCACAAAUAAAGAUGCCAGGAAAAAUUAUUUUGACAUGUCACAAAAUGAAUCUGAAGCAAGUGAACACACUAAACAAAUUGCCAGUCAAGAUCCAGAAAAAAUAAAGUCAUCCCUGUUACAUGAUUCAUCUGAGAGUGGCACAAAAUCACCAUUUAUUACAGGGAAGAAAAAGAAAUUAAAAAAGCGCAAAAGAAAAAAUAGUGAAAGACGAGUUAGAAGAAAUAGAUUGCACUCAACAUCCAGUUCAGAAGACGAAAUUAAAAUAGAGUCUGAAAAGAGUACUCACAAGCCCCAUAGACGAAAAUCACAUACAUCGGAUUCCUCUUCGUCCAGUGAGGACAAUAGGAAAAAGAAGAGAAAAUCUGAUAGAACUGCUGACAAGCAUUCAGAUACUCGUGUUAGCAAGAUGGUACGUUCCAAAGCAAAACCCUGUGGAAGCAGCGGCCAGAACUCUGAUAAUCAAGAUGCAAGUGACAAAGAUAUUGAUGGACUGACAAAUCUGAAUACUUUAAACAAAAAACACCGACGGCGUGAUUCCUCGUCAACGAAUAAUACGGGCAGUCACAGUGGCGGGAAGAAGACUCUCACCAUCAAAACGGAGGGUAUGAAAGUAACGUACGAUGACCUAUUGUCUGCAGCUGCGACCAGUUCUGAAGUUUCCGAUGAUGAAAAUAUGCCCGAAGAAGAGUUGCCCACUGUACCAUCAGGCCUCAAUGGAGAUAGCAUUGCACAUUUAGCUAAAGAUGACUUACUGGGCGAGAGUGAUUCUUCAGUGUCCCAGAACGAAAAGAGACAGAGUGAGGCAGAGGAAACUCGCAAUGAAGAGGAAUCGGAGGAUGAAGAAAAUGUAAAAUUAAAACGGCAACGCAAGGCGAAUGCUAUAUCUUCGGAUUCUGAAGGUGCAGCUUCUCACCGCAAGCCAAAGGAUGAGGAUGUAAGAGUGAGUGACUUUGAAGACUCUGAGGACGAGAGUUCAGAGUCCAGAGAGAAGCGAUCAAAGCGAAAGAAGAAAGGAUCUGAGAGUGAUGCAUCAGGGGGUUCCAGUAAUGAAGGAGGCCAAAAGAAACGUCGGCGCAUAAAGCAAGUCAGGGACAGCGAUGGCUCUGGAUCUGACACAGAGAAUGAAGGGCGAAAUAAACAUGGCAGAAAGAAUAUACGUAAGGUUAUGGGUAAGAACCAGUUGGAGGAGGCCACUAAAAAGGCGGCGCGCGAAGAGAAAGAAAGGAUAGCUCGUAUUACAGAGAGACAGAAAUUGUACAACAACUUGGAAUUUGACGAGUCUGGCAAGCCGGAUGAGGUUGUUUUGGAAAAGGUGGUGUUAGAUUUCGACCCUGAAACUAAAGAACCACUGAUCGAAGUCGAUAGAGGACUUGUCAAGAAAUUGAAACCCCAUCAGGCUAACGGUAUAAAGUUCAUGUGGGACGCGUGCUUUGAGAGUGUGAAACGCAUCAAGAAGGACAAAGGGUCUGGGUGCAUCCUAGCGCACUGUAUGGGUCUUGGUAAAACUCUACAAGUAAUAUCUCUGACGCAUACUUUGCUAACCCAUGGGACACUAACGGGCGUGAACCGCGUGUUGGUAGUAUGUCCUCUGUCCACUGUCCUUAACUGGGUCAACGAGUUCAAAAUGUGGCUCAAGCACGCACACUCCGAGUUCGAAGUCGACGUUUACGAGUUAUCGAGGUACAAACAGAACUCGGAGCGAGCGUUCCAACUGCAGCAGUGGUUCGAAGGUGGCGGCGUGUGCGUACUAGGAUACGAAAUGUUCCGAAACCUUUCCGCCGACAACAACAAGAAGUUCAAGAAAAAGAUGCUACGGAGCUUCCAGGAGAGCCUUGUUGAUCCAGGACCGGACUUGGUGGUGUGUGAUGAAGGGCAUUUGUUAAAGAACGAGAAGACCAGUCUGUCGCAAUCUAUGAACAGAGUGAAGACACGACGUCGCAUCGUCCUCACCGGCACGCCGCUACAGAACAACUUGAAAGAAUACUACUGCAUGGUACAAUUCGUGAAGCCGAACCUAUUGGGAAAGUACAAUGAGUACUUGAAUCGUUUCGUGAACCCUAUCACCAACGGUCAGUACACUGAUUCGACUGAACAUGACAUCAAGGUCAUGAAGAGACGGUCGCACGUAUUACAUAAAAUGCUCGAUGGAGCUGUUCAGAGGAGGGAUUACGGGGUGCUGGCGCCUUUCUUACCUCCGAAACACGAGUACGUGCUAUUCAUAACUCUAUCGGACGUGCAGGUUAAACUGUACCAAUUCUACUUGGAUAACUACUCUAGAAGGCCUCUACCUGGUAAAUCUUCUGGAUUCCUGUUCCCUGAUUUCCAAUCGCUACAAAGGAUAUGGACACAUCCACUUGUACUCAAAUAUAACUCUGAAAGAUACGAAAUUAUGCAACAGAAAAAGAGGGAGAGAGAAGAAGAAGACUCUGAAGGAUCAUUAGUAGACUUUAUAGAUGAUGAUUCUACUCCAGAGGAAACUUCAACGGAAGAGUCGUCGGAUGACCUGUCAGAUAUGAGCGAUGACAGUCGAAAGAAGAGUAAGAAGAAGAAUAAGGGAAAGAAAAAUAAGGCUAAAGACUCCAAGGUGGGGACGCGGCGAGGGACCAGGGCCAACCCAGUGGAAGCGGAUGAGGACGAUCCUGACGUGGCUGAAGUAGUUGAAGUGAGGAACGAGAACCCGACGGAGUGGUGGAUCAAGUUGGUAGAGGAGGAGGAACUCGAUGACAUGCGCAAUUCUCACAAACUUGUUCUACUGUUCGACAUCCUGCGCCAGUGCGAAGCUAUUGGGGACAAACUGUUGGUGUUUUCGCAGUCGCUGUAUUCUCUAGAUCUGAUAGAGCACUUCUUAGGCAAAGUCGAUGAAGCGACACAGGAAGGACGUAUCGACGAGAAACUCGGAGGACAUGUCGGUUCAUGGGCACCCGGCGUAGAUUACUUCAGACUGGACGGGUCUACAUCGUGUGAGAACAGAUCUAUUUGGUGUAAAAAUUUCAAUAGAGAAGAUAAUCCGAGAGCUAGGUUAUUCCUUAUAUCGACUCGUGCGGGAGGCCUGGGCAUCAACCUGGUGGCUGCCAACCGAGUGGUUAUCUUUGACGUGUCGUGGAACCCCUCACAUGAUGUCCAAAGUAUAUUCAGGGUCUACCGGUUUGGACAGAAGAAACCUUGCUAUAUCUACAGAUUUUUGGCUAUGGGUACAAUGGAGGAAAAGAUCUACGAACGUCAAGUGACGAAGCAGGCGAUCUCGAAGCGAGUUAUAGACGAGCAACAGAUCGACCGGCACUACGCCGAGAACGACCUCGCCGAACUGUACAAGUUCGAGGCUAGGCCGGAUGAGCCACGCCCUAUUCCCGCCCUUCCUAAAGACAGACUCUUUGCUGAAAUGCUCAGAGAACAUGAGGCUCAGAUUUACAAGUACCACGAGCACGAUUCUCUGCUGGAAAACAAGGAGGAAGAGACUCUGAGUGAAGAGGAGCGGAAGGCGGCCUGGGAAGACUUUGAAAACGAGAAGAAUAGGCCACCACCAGCGCCCUUCCCGUCUGCCUGGCCCAUGCACAAUGGAAUGAUGCCGGGGCUACUGGCGGCGCAGCAGCAACAGCUGGCGUACGCAGCGCUGGCCGCCAUGAUCCGCAAGGACAUGCCUAACAUCAACGACAACCAGAUCCGGGACAUGCUGCCACUUAUAUGCAACUCUAAUCCAGGGAUGAUGCAGAAAAUGUCUGAACUAUACAAGUAUGCACCGCCAAGCAUGAUGAAUCCUGGUAUGAUGAAUGCUGUUAUGAAUACUGGCGGGGCGGCGGGCGCGGGCGCGGGCAGCGCGGGCAGCUCGCUGCAGUACGAGCCGCCCUGGCAGCGCCAGCAGCAACAACAGCACCACAUGCGCCUGCAGCAGCUCAUGCAGCAAAACCAAAUGGGUGCGAAGAUCUACGCGGGUGGACUCGGUAGCCGCGACCCCGUAGCCAUGGCGCUGCAACAACAACGCUCGCGCGAAAUCCUCAUGGGAGGCUCUGGUAGACCUCGCGGCCGUCCGCCUCUCGCCGCAAGACCCCACCCGCCCACAUCCGCACAAGAUGUCGUCAACCUCGACUCAGACUAGACGGUAGGAGAGGUGUAAAGUGGACCGAAUGUGUACAGUGAACGAUUAAUAGGUGCUACACUGCUAUAUGGAGUGGGUGUCGUCGCCGUAGACUGGCCGGCCGAAACAGUUGUUGUUGGACGGUUUUCUCCGGCCGACCGAGUCCACUGCGCACUACACAUGAGGUAAUCAUCUGGCCAAAAUACAGUGAUAUUUUGGAGUGUUAGCUCCAUAAAUGUAGCUUUUCGCCUUGAGGCUUGCGCUCUUAACGCUACAUAUCAAGAAUCUCAGUAUUUUAUUUGUAGUUCUGAACCUUUUAGACAUUAGCCAUGUAAUGUCCAUUUAAUUUCCUGAUGAGAAUAAGUGGUGUUCUCAUAUUGAAGGAAUACCAUUGUUUCGGUUAAUUCAACAACAGCGGAAGCCUAAGGCGUAAUUAGUAAAUGAUAAGACGCACAAGUUUGGUCAUAUUUUAAGCUACAACAUAUAAGUAGAUGUGCUCGCUCUUGAAAUGUGACACUUGUGCCUGUGGGAGUUAACAUUCUAUGCUUUCUGACACUAUGUGUGAGGAUCAUGUAAGGUACUGUCGAACAAACGAAGCAUCCUAAGAAAACUUCUGGAUGUGUAUCCUAUUUUUAUUGUUGAUUCAUGAGUUAAAUCAGUGAUUUGAUAUAAAAUAUUAUAUAAAUUUGAUAUAUAUUUGUUUAGUACAUUUGCAAUAGUAGUCUGCAGGUGUUCAAAUACUACAGCUGUUAAAUCUAUUUUAUAGCCACACGUUUUGGGCUUAUGUAUGUUAAACAUGUUCAUACUUAUCGGCAAAUAAUAUUUUGUGUAUGUAUUUGGUAAUUAUUUAGAAGCUCUCAUAGGAUGCUUCAGGUGUCAGUUUGGUAAAUUUUAACUAUAUCUCUCAGUACAGGAAAUUAGCAUAAGUUAUAAUGUUUGUAGUUAGAAAACUUCUGUGUGUUUAACAUAGUAGUGAUCGCGAGAGUGCGCACGGAAAUGUAUGACCGUACACUAGUAGGAGUCGUGAGCAAAUGGAGUUCUCAUCCCAUCUGUAAUGAACUCAUGCGGCAAGUCAACGUCGAGAUGUAUUAAUUGUUCGGCGCAUAGCAUGUAUCUACUCGAGAUUCACAACCUGUACUCCAUUUGAUCAUUAUUCUGUGAAAAGCACCCACUAUGUAAACAAUAUAGUGAUAAUAUAUUACUCUACAUGUAGUUACUACAACACCAACUUAAUUAAAGUGAAUGUUAUUGAUUGGUUUAUGUAUAUUUAACUAAUAACUUGGACUGUAAAAUUAGGAACUAGAUUUCAAUAUACAUAUUAUCAACUCUGCACAUAAACCAUUAGUAACAUUGAUGUUCAAUUUUAAGAUUAGAGAAAUAUUAUUUUGGUGAUGUUUUUUAUCACAUGUUUUGCUACAGUGGUAAAUUCAAUUUUAAAUCAGAUCUGUUUUAAUAUCAUCUUAGCUAUUAUGAAGGUAAUUUAAGUUGAUACAAACUAUAUGAAAAUGAAGACGACAUUAUCAAUAAGCUGGUUUCAUACACCUAGUUGUUACUUUGGUAGGGCUUGAAGUUUAGAGUAUUUAUUUCCAAAUAUAUUUGAUUCCAUUCAAUACUAUGAUUUAAGAGUUGGAAUAAUUGUAUACUAGGUCUGCUCAUGAAACAUUUGUUAUUAUUGGUGAAAUGUUUACUAGAAAAUCUUAUGGGAACCAAUAUUUGUGUUUUGGGCUUAGCAAUUCUAUAUUGUUUAUAACUGUGUACCCACAUUGCAUUGUAAUCAUAGUGCAGUUUGACUGUGUUUUUAUGUGCAAAUACUUUAUUUACUGACCCUAGUACAUCACAGUGGGACUAUUUAAGUGAUGUUUAUGUGACUGUAUUUAUUUGCCUGCCGUUGAACAGGUGGUUUAGUUGUGAUAUUGCCUAAUAUUAAAUUUUUGUAUACGUUUAUUUUAAUCAAGUCACUAAUGUGACUUUAAUAUUAGAUCCAACAUCUAUAGCGAUAUAUUAUUUUAGAUUACAUUAAUGUACCUAUAGCGUAACAUGGAAAACGUAGUGCAUUUUGUGGACUCUGUUUUAUGACAAAUUCUCGUUGUUUUAUUAUAAUUUUGGAUUAUUUUACAGAUUUUCUAUGCUUAGAAUGUUAUUUAUACUUAUAAUAAACAAUUAUAUUAAUAAAUGAGCAGUAUUUCAGUUAGUUGUAAGAACAUGUUAUACUUAUCUGGUUUAAAUCCAUCUCUUUAUUUUACCAUAUAAGCAUCUAUGAAUUUAAAAAUUUACGAGUGGCGUACAUGCAAUAAAUUCCAGUAUAUCACAAAAAUUGUUUAUUUAAAUCCAACUUUUUAAUCAUAUUUUUAUAAUUUUCUCUGGCAUGCUCUUGUUAUAAUAUAUGUAAUUGAUACUUGAAUAUGUAAUUGUCAUUUUUGAGUUUUUGAUAAUUUAAUAUUGUUUAAUAUUUUGUAAUUGAUAUUAGAUAACAGAAUACUGUUGUUAUUUCUGUUGAAAGUUUCUAAAUCAAUAUAUCUUGGAUGCUGAAAUGGUAAAGCGCUGAGAUGGGAGUAAAACCAAAUUAUCCUGUAUCAUCGCACAGCCCUAUAGUUUAUUUUUGUUUUUUAUACUACUAUCUAGCAAUAGUGUUGCUACAUGAAUAUUGUGAGGUUGCUACACGAGUGAGGACUGCUGUAAUUGUUCUAUUAUUUAUGUAAUAUAUAUAUACAUAUAUAUAUAAUUGUAACUGUAGAGAACUUCCUAUUAUUUUGUAGUACAAUCAAAUAAUAAUAAAUAAUUCAGAAAUGUGUA